AUGUCAACAACACAUACAACAAAUAACACCCCAGCUUCUGCCCAAAAGAAGUCCGCCGAUAUCAAAUGCGUCCAAACCACCAAGGGAUGGGUCUGCGCUCUUUGCUUCCCUCUGGGACAUCCUAGUCGCGCUCUUGAGCGUGUUAUGAACCUUGCUGAGCUCAGAAUUCAUGCUACUGGGAAUCAUUAUGCUUCUCUCGGACAAGACGAAUGGGAUAACUAUGUCAAAAAUUCUGUUUACUUCGAGGCACAGUUCAGAAACCAAAGCAGUCUUGGUUUGAACAAUGGUGUCAUGCAUGGUCCUCCUACCCUUUCUUCCCAAAAGACACCUACCAACAAAGCCGGUGUUCUCAAGCGCACAUACGUUCAGAAUGCUAAGUCUGCUGCCUCCGAGUCUGCAUUUGAUCUCAUGGAAACCAUGAUCAAUUUCCAUCCUAUCGACAGCAACAGUGCCACUAACUAUGCCUCACCAACCGCUCCACUGUCCGAAAUCGGUCACUCUAGCGACCCAUAUGCAUAUCUUCAAUUCAGUAUGGCUCCACGAGAUAAGUCUGAGAUUAUCUUAUCACCAAACACACCAUCUCGCAAGAAGACCGCCACUCCCAAGAACCCUCUUCGUCAAAGAUUGAGUGAAAAUCCUUCGUUCGAAUCCGCGAUCUCUGUUCACGGCCUCGCUAAAGUCCAAGCUGCUGGUAACAUUGGCCUUCAACGAUAUCUCGAUCGACAAGCUCGUGGUCUUCCUCGCACAUCCAACAUCCCUCUUCAAUUCGCUCCGACUCCUCGCAACGGUACCAUGGAUCUUCCUCUUACUGCUGCAAACUAUGUUGCCGCUGGUAUGCCAAAUACUAAUAUGGAUAAGGUCACUAGACGUACCAAGAAGGUUGAUCGUCGUCGUCAAGGAUCUAAUUCUGUCGAUAUUACUCAUGCUACUGGAGUCAACAAUCCUCAGUUAAUUAACAAUGCCACGACCAACACCUCGCUCAAUAUAUUUGGUGUUCCGGCUACCAUCUUCGGCCAAGCUCCCGGGGCUGCUUAUGAAUCUCAUACAUACAAAUCUAUCUAUGCAGACGCUCCUCCGCAAAAUCAGCUCCCACUUCCCGAGCUUUCUCUUCCCGGCCUCUCUUUUGCAGAUCAAUCAGUCAACAAUAUUGAUCUCGAUAACAUUUGCGAAUCUUUCGACUUCAACGCAUACAUGGCAGAUCCCAACUGCGCCUUUGGCAACGAUCCAGCCGUUGAAAAUACAGCUCCACAACAAAAUGGCGAUAGCAUCGACGACUUCUUCACCUGGGCUGGCAUUCCAAACCAAAAUGUAGCCCCCUUGAACGAUACUGAGAAAUUUGGUGCCGAUUUCUUCAACAUCGCUGAUGUCGCUAACACGGAUAGUUCUGAAAUCGAUGCUAUGUUGGGUUAUGGUAAUUCCUCUUCUCCUCAGAGUAAUGACAAUAACUUUACGAUCUUCAAGGCCACUUCUUUUGAGUAUGGUCCUGCUGGUGUUCAAGUCUUGAAGGAUGCUGAAGCAAUGAUUUCCGCUCACUCAUCUUUAUCUGGAGCUGGCUCAACUGCUUCUGUUUAUUCGUCAACUGGUUCGACCCCUUCUUCUGGUAUCACCAAAGCUUCUCCACAGGUUACCGAGACUCUUUCCGGUGCUGCUGCUCCAGAUAUGGCUACUGUUCCACUUUCUAUACAAGAGCUGGAAGCUGCCAAUCAAGCAUUAACACAAGAGCUCGCAUUGCAAAAGGGAUUGCACCAAGCAGAUGUUAGACGUCGCAAGCUUGAGGAAAAGAAGGCUAUCCAACGCCGCGAAGAUGAAGCUCGGAUCAAGAAGAAGACCGAUGCUCGAUACCAGAGAUUGAAGGAUCAGAGAAAGGCCAAUGAAGUUCUGACAAAGCAAUUGGAGGACCAAAAGAACACCAACGAUGGUUUGAGAAAGCUGCUGGCACAGGAAAAGACCUCGCGGGAGGAAGAUAAGGAACGCCACAAUGCUGAGUUCAAAGCCCAGACUGAGCUUGUUACUCGAGCCAAUGCCAUCAUUUCGCGACAAAUUUCGGAGAUCGAUAUGCAGAAGAGAAAAAUUCGUCAGAAGGCAAAAGUAGCUACUACUAUUACCACCAGAGAGGCUGAAGUCAUGCGAGCUCCCGUCAUACAGAAGCCUACUAUCGACAGAAGAAAGCUUCUCGCCGCCAAGAAACCCGUUGCUUUCAUCCAAGCACCCGAAAAGCGAGUCUCGGCCUACGAUCAAGGUAGAAAGACGACUCGCCCUUCCAAUGUCGCUGCCGCGAUUAAUUCAACUCGGGCUUUGAAUUCCAGAAAGCGAGCUGCUCCUGAAACACCAGCUGUUUCUUCUACUAGGGAACAUGUCAUCAAGAAGGCACGGAUUACUAUUGCAGGCGAUGCACCAAAAAAGUCUGUUCCAGAUGGCAAAGGAGGAUAUGUUUGGAGUAAUAAGUUCGAUACUUCCGAUAAGCUUGUGGGUGAAGAAAAGAAGAAGACGGAGGCGGAGCACGAUAAGGAGUGGUUGAGGAUUAUGAAUGAGCAUACGGAUAAUAAAGUUCCUGGCAACUUGUUGGGUAUUCGAGGUCAUCUUCCUGAUGCUAAGCGUUUUAAUGAUCGCGGACGUUUCCGAAGGAAUUGA